AUGGGCCGCGGUAGGCUUGGGUCUGCUGGAGCGACGGAAGCUGCUUCACUUUUUCCUUUUCCCUUUUCGAAGGCCCUUCUCUCUCGUUCGUCUUCCCCCUUCGAAUCACAAUGGUGUACCUACCCAUUCCCGAAAGAAUCAGACUUUCGGAAGGAAGAACUUAGUAUCGCAGCCGCUCCCCCCCGCCCGCGCAGGCUUGCCUACACACCAGACACCAAAAUCCCGCACGCCGGGACCUUCGAGAUCAUCAAGGAGGACCACACGCUCGGAAACCUGCUGCGAAUGCAACUGCUAGCCGACAGGCAGGUUCGGUUUGCCGGGUACAUGCAACCUCAUCCGUUGGAGAACAAGAUCCAUAUCAAGGUCCAAACGAACGGUGACAACACACCGGUGGAUGCUUUAUCGGCGGCGACUGAGGAUCUGUCACAGGAGAUGGAAGGGCUGCGGGAAGUUUUCCAAGAGCAGGUUGCGGCUGCCAAGCACGCCGCGGAGCAGGAGCAGUUCGGGUCAUAGUUUUAUGUGUCGUUGUGUAGGAUGGCUUUGCGUCGUUCGCUGUUAGCGGCGGAGCAACCGCGUUGUUGCUGGGUACCUCUACCGCUCGCCGCGAUUCCUUGCGCGGCCAGAUCGUUGUUUUCUCCCGCGUGCCUUGUGUAUGUACGUACAGUGAAUGUUGUGUUGUAUUGUUGACAUUGGACGGCGUUAAUUUACAGGCUCAUGUGUGAAAGUGGCGGACGCCUUCGUUGUCCACGUUUUCUUGUUUCGCCGGUGGAUAGCGAGCACGUGCUGCAUCCCCCCGCUCCUACCAAACAGACGUUCCCGGAAGGGUGUGUAGUGGGUCGUGGUUGUCACGACCAAACGUAGUGUUAACCUCAUGGCCUGCUGUGCAGUUCUAUCAGCCGGUGCAUGGGCAACCUAGCCGUGUUGCAGUUGGCACUGUCACCAAAAAAAUAAAUCACAA